UCCUCUUCCUCCUCUCCAUUGCUACUCUAAUUUGCAGCGCUGUUGUUUCUCUCUUUCAUGUCCGCCAUUUUCUUCCUUCAAAGCUUCUAAGCUUCCUUCUUCUGUUGGAUGUUCUUGCUAGACCCACCAAAUCUUCCUUAGCUACACAUUUAUAAAAGCCUCCAAAUCAUGUAAUUUCAGCCCCUUUUGAGACCAGCCCUCUUCCCAAAAAAACCCAAAAAAAAAAAACAAAACCCAGUUCAGUUCUUGAUUUUCGAUCCAAGAGUAAGAGAACUCUAGAGUUUAUUGUUAUCCUGGCUGAGCUUCCAAUUCUGCCUUAGAUCAACCUUUAUAAAAGCCUCAAAAUCAUGUAACUUCGUUUCCUUCGUAUCCCCACCGUUUCCCACAAAAAACCCAAAAAAAAAAUUUGAUUUUUUUUAAUACCCACAAGUUUGUUUAUCCAAAAAAAAGGAGGAAAUGCCGGAAUCGGAAAGUGGAACGCCGGUGCCGUCGGCUCCGGCCACGCCGGGGACGCCGGGAGGGCCGCUGUUUUCUGGCUUGCGGGUGGAUUCGUUGUCGUACGAUCGGAAGUCAAUGCCGCGGUGUAAGUGCUUGCCCGUGAAUGCUCCCACGUGGGGCCAGCCUCACACGUGCUUCACUGACUUUCCUGUUCCUGAUGUUUCUCUCACCCGCAAGUUGGGAGCAGAAUUCGUGGGAACAUUCAUCCUGAUAUUUGCGGCGACGGCAGGACCCAUUGUGAAUCAGAAGUACAACGGCGCCGAGACUCUGAUCGGAAACGCUGCGUGUGCCGGGCUGGCCGUAAUGAUCGUAAUUCUGUCGACUGGACACAUCUCCGGCGCCCACCUAAACCCAUCGCUCACCAUUGCCUUCGCCGCUCUCCGCCACUUCCCAUGGGUCCAAGUCCCUGCCUACAUCGCUGCUCAGGUCUCUGCUUCCAUUUGCGCCUCUUUUGCUCUUAAAGGUGUUUUUCACCCUUUCAUGUCUGGCGGCGUCACCGUCCCCUCUGUCAGCACCGGCCAAGCCUUCGCUCUUGAAUUCUUUAUCACUUUCAAUCUCUUGUUCGUUGUCACCGCCGUCGCAACCGAUACUCGAGCGGUGGGAGAGUUGGCUGGGAUUGCAGUUGGAGCUACAGUUAUGGUGAACAUUCUUGUGGCCGGGCCCUCAAGUGGUGGUUCCAUGAACCCUGUUCGAACAUUGGGCCCCGCCGUGGCUGCCGGAAAUUACAGAGCAUUAUGGGUGUAUCUAGUGGCACCAACGCUGGGAGCCAUCGUCGGCGCGGGAACUUACACCGCUGUGAAGCUGCGAGACGACGAAGUGGAUGCUCCGUCUCAGGUGAGGAGCUUCCGCCGCUGAUAACGGCCGUCGGCCAUUGUAAUCAGGGUAAUGGGUGUGUGACUAGUGGAAGAAUAAAGAUAAGGCGAUUGGUGAUGGAUGAGACUUGAAGAUCGUCGCCUGAAUUGCUAUGUUUGUGUGUGUUUUAUUGUUAUUGUGUUUGCUUGCUUCUCUUGUUGUUGCUGUCUUUGAAUUGAGUUCACACACUUGUUAUGGUUU